UGUAGGGCAGAGUCGGUGUAGGUUAGCGUUACAUCUGUCUGGUGGGUAGUGGAUCUGAAAAGCCUGAAAAAGUCUGCAUUGGCUAGACACACCGGAGGUCUAACCGGAAGGUUAGGCAUUAGGUAUACUUUUAAGCUAUAAGUGGCUUUUGUUGUAUGAGCACUCCCACUAUUUUGCACGUCCUCGCAACUUCACUUCUUCAUCUCGCUGUCAUUGAAAAUGCCAAAUUCUACUGACAGGAUAGAAGCUGCCCCUUCUAUGGGGGCUCUACGAGUGGACCUACCGCCACCCCUUGAAAAAAAGGAGUCAAAUGUACGUGAACAGAUUAUCAGCGAUGACGAGCGUCCAGAAUCAAAGGCCAGCCCUUUCCGGGUGCCUAGGUACUCAUCGCCGCUCGUCCAAGUCAUCAUUGUGGCGUUCGCAUUCUUCCUUCUCCCGGGAAUGUUCAAUUCCCUGACGGGAAUAGGGGGCAGUGGUCAGAUAGACCACACCGCAACCAAUGAUGCCAACAUGGCGCUCUACGCCACCUUCUCGGCCGUUGGCUUCUUCGCAGGCGCCAUAAUAAACGUGCUGGGCAUAAAGACCACCCUAUGCCUCGGGGGUCUUGGCUACUGCGUCUACAUCGCCGCCCUUCUGUGCUACAGCCACACCAAGAACUACGGGUUCAUGGUGUUUUCCGGGGCUUAUCUAGGGCUUUCCGGCGCGCUGCUGUGGACUGCCGCAGACACGAUCAUCAUGUCGUACCCCCCGAGGGAAUCCAAGGGUCGAUACACGGGCUGCUUCUGGAUGAUCUUCAGCAUGGGAGCGGUCGUGGGGAGUUUUAUUCCCCUAGGCCAAAACAUCCACGUCAAGGAGAACAAAACCGUCUCUGACGGAACAUACAUCGGAUACCUCAUCUCAACCGUGCUCGGCACGGCUCUCACGUGGACGCUAGCCGACGCGCGGAAGGUAGUCCGCGAGGACGGCUCGCGUAUCAUCCUCGCGAAGAACCCGUCGUGGCAGACGGAGCUGCUGUGGCUGUGCAAGACGUUCCGAACGGAUACCUACAUCGUGCUCUUCUUCCCCAUGUUCUUCGCCUCCAACUGGUUCUAUACGUACAUCUUCAACGACGUCAACGGCGCCGAGUUCAACACCCGCACCCGCGCCCUCAACAACACGCUCUACUACGUCGUGGAGGUCGCGAGCGCCGUCGUCAUCGGACACUGCCUCGACAGACCGUGGGUCAAGCGCACGACGCGGGCGCGGAUCAUGUGGCUCUUCUUAUUUUCACUGACGAUGGCGCUCUGGGGCAGCAGCUACUACCUGCAGCACGGCUACAAGCGCGAAGAAGUGACAGCAGGAAAGGGGUUUACGCCGAUGGACUGGGAGGAUGCCGGAUACAUCGGGCACAUGUUCCUGUACAUGUCGUACGGGCUGUACGACGCGGCCUGGCAGGCGUUCGUGUACUGGUCGAUGGGGUCCCUCACCAACAACGCGCGCAAGCUGGCCAACUUCGCCGGCUUCUACAAGGGUAUCCAGUCCGCGGGCGCGGCGAUCGCCUGGCGCCUCGAUAACCUCGGCACGCCCUACGUGAAUAUGCUGGUCUCGUGCUGGGCGCUGCUUGGGGGGUCGCUUUUGAUAGCGCUGCCGGUUAUUUUGUUUAAGGUCAAGAAUGAACUUGAGGAGGAGGAGGACCUGUUUGCUAUUAAUGAAGAAGCACAGGUCGCGGUGGUCAGUGACCAUGAAGGGAAGACGGAGACGGAUAUGGGGGAAGUGGUUUGAUAGGUAGGUAGGUAAUGACGUGAACGAAUAUCAAAAGUGCGGAUACCUACCUAGGUACCAUGGCUAUCGUAGAUGGAAUAGGGGGGGCUAAUCCAUAGACAUACUUAGACAUGCUUCGCCC